AUGAGUACACUGGACCGAUUUAUACGCGCUAAUAUAAAGCUCGUUCACUUCGAACAGGAGCUUACCGAUGCGUCCAUAGAGAACUCUUCAGUUUUUGCUCUCGAGGUUCAUCGAGAGGAGCUCAGGUCCAUUUGGGGCUCAGUUAAGUCUCUUUACGAGAAAUGUGUAGACGAAGUGGACCAAAAGGCCAAGAAAAAGGGCAAAGAUGGGACAGAUCCAUUAUCCUCUAGCGACGUCAGCGACGAGACUCAUAUGGAAAGCAUUAAUGCACGUUAUCAUGCAUCAUACGAAACGUAUGUUAAGAUAGUAUCAAAAAUCAGCGCUGGAAUACAUGACCGUGGCCGGAACACUUCUUCAUUACCUCCCUCACCCUUUUCAAUCACACCACACUCCAAUUUCCAUCUGCCUGCGUGUGAUACUGAAACGUUUUGUGGGGACUAUAAGUCCUGGCCUUCCUUUCGAGACAUGUUCUCGGCAAUUUAUGUCAAUAAUUCCAGCCUAUCUAACGUCCAAAAGCUUUUUUAUUUAAUGAAGAAAACGGAAGGUGAAGCUCAUGACAUCGUGAUGAAAGGUCCUUUGACGAACAGUGGUUUCGACACGGCUUGGGCAAAUCUUGUAGAUAGAUUUGAGAACAAGCGAAUGCUAGUUCAUAGCCAGCUGCGCGUUUUGUUUAAUCUCUCCCCAGUCAAAUCCGAAAAUGGCGAGGAUAUAAAAUGCUUACAGAGAGACAUCAAUUCUUGUAUCUCAUCACUACAGAUGUACCAUAUUGAUAUCUCGAGUUGGGAUCCAAUCUUUGUUUAUAUCUGUUCGACAAAAUUGCCCCGCACAACUCUUUCCUUGUGGGAACAUUCAAUACAAAACAAAAAGGACAUUUCCAACUGGUCCGAUUUAAAUAAUUUUCUUUCCAGUAGGUUUCAGACUCUUGAGACUAUUUCUGAAAUCAAUUGCCAGUCGUCCUCACACGAUUCUAGACAAACUGGUUUGAGAAAAUCCAGUCAAAACGUUUCGAAACAAAUUAACUCCAACCACACUAACGUUUCUGCUACCCCAGCGAAACAUCUUUGUAACCUAUGCAGUUUAGAGACUCACAUUAUCCGCAAAUGCCCAAAAUUUAUUCAGAUGUGUCCAGAGGAGAGAUUAUCGUGCAUCAGGAAAUUGAAUUUGUGUUUGAAUUGCUUUGCUGGUGGCCAUAGUGUAAAGGAGUGUAAAAGCUCACACAACUGUUUUACAUGUAAGAAACGACACAACACGCUACUUCACCGUGAUGCAACCAUUCAAGUUGCGCAAUAUCCUAACACUAAUGCGCAUGCUGUGCUAACGGAUUUUGACCCAGAUACAUCCAUCAUACAGUCCACUUCUCUUAACCCAACUGAAACCUAUAACGCUGUUUCAGAAUCCGUAGCAUGUUCUCCGACCUCUUUAAACAGUGUUCAGUCAUGCUUUGCCUCGCACACCCGCAAUGUCCUUUUAGGUACAGCGUUGGUUCAAAUCAGGCAUUCAGGGUUGACAUACAUCGUUCGGGCUUUAAUAGACUCAGGUUCACAAGGAACUUUUCUGUCUGAGAAGAUAUUCCAUACGCUUAAAAUUCCAUUUCAACGCAUUGAUGCUGAAAUUACGGGCCUUAACGGCGUUCCUUCAGCCACCGUUAGGAAACUGGCAAAAUUUACAAUAAGUCCGCGUUUCGAUUCUCAACUGGAGAUGAACGUAACUGCGUUAGUAAUUCCCCAACUUUCAAGAGACCUUCCCUCUAGAUCGAUCAAUCCUUCAAUAUUAAGUGAGUUUCCGAAAAUACAACUCGCAGAUCCUCAAUUUUUUCAAAGCUCUCGUAUUGACCUUUUACUUGGUGCAGACCUUUUUAACAAUAUAUUGCUUGAUGGAGUAAAACGUGAUAUUUGUGGGUCGCUGGUUGCUCAAGAGACUAUUUUUGGCUGGAUUGUGUCCGGUUCAGUCCAAAAUACGGAGAAUAUUUCCUCUUUUUCAUCUCUAGUUUCAUUUCUUUCUGAAAAAAGUUUGGAAAAAACGCUAAGACGUUUUUGGGAGGUGGAGAAUCUUCCUCGAAAGCAGCAUCUGUCCGAAGACGAUGAGUUUUGCGAGAAACUGUAUAAGGAAACCACAACUAGGGAUGAAAGUGGCAGAUUCACAGUUGGCCUUCCCUUCAAACACACAAUUUUGAAUUCAACGAUGCAAUUGGGACAGUCCAGGACCAUUGCAAAGGCACAGUUCUUGCGGAAUGAGUCUCGCUUAUUGAAGAAUCUGGAGCGAAAAAAUGAGUACGAUGCCGUAGUCGAAGAAUACCUGGAUUUAGGGCACAUGAAAAGCGUUCCAGCUCCCAUUCAUCAAAAUUAUCCGCAGCACUAUUACCUUCCACAUCAUUCAGUCGUUAAACCGGAGAGCACCACCACGAAAGUUCGAGUGGUAUUUAAUGCCUCCUGUCCGACUUCCUCCGGAGUAUCCUUGAACGAUAUCCUUCACACUGGACCUGCAUUACAGAAUGAUCUGGUCCUGCUUCUUCUUAGGUGGCGCUUUUAUCGCUUCGUCUUUUGUGCUGACAUUCAGAAGAUGUAUCGGCAAAUUAAAGUCCAUCCCAAAGACACUUGCUACCAAAGAAUUCUAUUUCGCAGGGAUCCGUGUGAGGAAAUAUCUGAUUAUGAGUUAACGACAGUAACAUUUGGCGUCAACGCAGCUCCUUAUCUGGCAAUAAGAACCCUCCUACAAUUGGCGGAAGAGUCCGAGAGGUCCCUUCCCAUUGCCAGUGAAAUUAUUAGGGAUUCCAUGUAUGUUGAUGAUGUUAUAGCUGGGAGCCAUCAUAUUCCUGACGCUCUCUCCGCAAGGACACAGUUGAUUAUCGCGAUGAGUUCGGCACAUUUUCCUCUGCGUAAGUGGGCAUCCAAUUGUAUUGAGAUCCUUGCGGGUUUACCGAAAGAUCAUCUUCUGAAAGAGGACUUUUUAAGCUUCGACGAUAGUAGCCACACUAAAACACUUGGUAUCAGAUGGAACGCCAAGUCAGAUAACUUCUUCUUCAGGUGCAACGCAAUUUCAGACAAAUUAUCCUAUACAAAAAGGGAAGUGUUAUCGGAGAUUUCUAAAAUCUUCGAUCCAGCAGGCUGGCUAGCCCCCAUUAUAGUCCUGACCAAGAUACUCAUGCGAAAAAUUUGGUUGUCUAAUGUUGGUUGGGACGAAUCCAUUAAUUCCGAUUGCCUGCAUGACUGGAAACGUUUCCUUAGCAGUUAUUCAUUGAUAGACACCAUUCAAUUACCGAGAUGGCUCUCAUAUUCCCCUUCCUGUCAUGUUCAGUUCCAUGCCUUCUGCGAUGCAUCGGAGAAUGCAUAUGCGACAGUGAUAUACACCAGAAUUCUUCUGGAGGACGACUCCGUUUAUGUAGCACUAUUAACCUCCAAGUCCAAAGUUGCUCCAGUCAAUACGCUUUCCAUACCCCGUCUGGAACUCUGUGGAGCCACACUUUUAGCUGAGUUAGUUGAUUCUGUCAUUCCAUCCAUGCACCUUCCAAGCUAUGAAAUAUACAAGUGGACAGAUUCUACUAUAGUCCUGGCAUGGCUUCGAAAGCCUUCAUGUUAUUGGAAAGUGUUUGUAGCGAACCGAGUAUCUACAAUUACCGAACUAGUUGGAAUCGACAAUUGGUUCCACGUUGAGUCUGAAUCGAAUCCAGCAGAUUUAGUUAGUAGGGGAGUCUACCCCGAAGAUCUAGUCGCCUGCAACCUUUGGUGGAAUGGACCGCAAUGGCUGCAGUUAUCGCCAGAAUUUUGGCCCGUAACUUCAGAUACCGCCAUGGAUACAAAACUGGAACAGAAACCAAUAGCUGCCCAUAUUUCCAUACUGCCAGAAGAACCUGAUCUUCUGGAACGUUUUUCCUCUUUUAAUAGGGCAAUUCAGGUUCUCUGUUACAUUUUUCGUUUUUUCCAUCGGACACAUCCAAAUCACCGGCAGUGCAAACAAUUUACUUCAACACUUUUGACUGCCUCAGAAGUGACUCAUGUGAAAAGACGUCUUAUAACCUUAGCUCAAACCAGACACUUUCCUGAGAUUUUUAAAGCUAUAGAGAAAAAGCCACCUAACAUAAUGAUUAACCACCUACAAGCUAGCAAAUUAAAGGCUCCAUGUCUCUAUGAAGGUCACAUUCAAUUUGGUUUAGUUCUAACACCCUGGGCACAAUCUACGUUGCAAAGAUUCCAGUAA